AUGCUCAGUUCGACCUUGCGUCUCAAAGGAGAGCAGUCCAACUCACAACAGAUGGACUCUUUGAGACUGACACUCCUCUCAGCGCUCAGUAACUCCAAAUCGUAUCAAAAGUGCCUGCAAGAUGGUCAUAGUCUUGCACGAUUCAUGAAUAUACCGCUCAUGAGCGAUAUACUUGCGGAGAAGGUUUCCUAUUUGUUCAGUGAAAUUCGCCCGCACCUUCGAGACAGCGAGGACAAAGACAGCGAAAACUGUAUCAGUUGGAUUGAUGUGGUUCGUGAGGACCCAUGUCAGGUUGAGCAGCAUAAUGAGAAAUAUCGUUUUCGUCUACCCAAUCGACGGGGAGUGUUCGAAAUGACUCAGUUUGACUACGACUUGAUUCUUUCAGGGCUUCCUCGAAAGCUUAUUAAUCCACAAAUGCAUACUGGCGAUAUCCUUGCGGAAAUAAGCGCAGUUGAUGUAGUGACAUCAGAAAUGAGAGCAUGGAGAGGUGUGGCGGCAGAAAUCAGUGAGACCAUUGACGAUACGCUCCAUCGACUGAGUGAAAGGCUCAUCUAUCUUGAAGAUUUAGAUGUCCCUGAAUGCUUGUUUCAGGAGCCUCUAGUAGCUUUGCCUGGUGCCAACGUGGAAAGUGGCACGCCUGUUCACGGGUCCAAUAGUGCUCCAAUGACUAGGUCCAAUGGCACGAAAAGGACAUGUGAGCCUCACUUGGAAAACCAAUCUUGA